AGGUCAUUGCAUUAUUUUAAGGAAAGUGAAAAUAAUUUUAUUUAGAGAAAAAUCCACAAUCGAAGAAAUAAACGACGACAAGAAUGUAAAUCCAAGAAUAAUAAGUAGCUCAAUGUUUUACUAAUUCCAUGCAAAAUGAAAAAGAAGACUUUCCUAGUUUUUAUACAUAACCCAGUUCAGUAAAUAGUCAUUCACACAGGCAAAAUAGUAUGUAGUCUGUGCACACAGGUCAUUCAUAGUUUUCUUGACAUAUUCUGAAAGUAAAUAAAAUGUUAAAAAUCAUUGUAUUUUUAACAAUAGCCCUAGCUGUUAAUGCCGAAACAAGCCUGGAAGAUGAAGGUGGAUUUGGUCGCUACUUAAUUGAAGGCAGGGUCUUCCCACCAUUCGAAAUCAAAGAUCGUGAAAAUGAAGAUACAAACUGGUGGGCACUCACCCGAAUACAUGUAAAUGGGGGCGAAUUUAUAGGGUUUGUGAAGAAAGAUGGUGGGUUUUUUGUUCAUAACAUACCCUCUGGUUCUUAUAUAGUAGAAGUUUUACAUCCACAGUAUACAUUUGAGCCUGUAAGAGUUGAAAUUACAUCUAGAGGCAAAUUUAGAGCUAGAAAACUUAAUAAUAUUCAAACAUCUCUGGUCAUUCAAGUGCCAUAUCCCCUAAAACUGAAGGCUUUGGGAAAAACAAGGUACUUCCAAACUCGAGAACAAUGGCGAAUUACAGAUUUUCUGUUCAAUCCCAUGGUCAUGAUGAUGCUAUUCCCAGUCCUUCUCAUAAUGAUUCUGCCAAGGCUGAUGAAUGACCCAGACACCAAAAAAGACUUGGAACAAAUACAGAAAAUGACUAAGUAUGAAAUGCCCCAAGUGUCAGAUGUUGUUAGUAACUUUUUGACCGCGAACACAUCACAAGUUGUUCCUAAGGAAAAGGACGGGAAAAAGGUCCAAAAACCUAGAAAAAGGCCAGUUGCUAGAGAAUGAUACCCGAAUAAUUAGAGAUUUACAAGUUUAUAUGUAGAAAAUGUAAUACAGGUAUGUUUACAAUUGAAUUCAACCCUCAUUCUCGAUGGAAGUUUUAUUUAUAAACUGGAACGAUAUUGUUCAUAUGCAGUUCAAAUUUUUCGAAUCUAAAAAUGUAUAAAUUAAGCAUAAUAUAUUAAAGGAAAUGAAAGCAUGUAAAAACAUCUAAUACAUUUUGAUUUGAACUAAUCAAAAUUAAAAUCAUCAACAUCUUCGAAAUCAGCCUUUCCAACUUUUUCUUUCUUGGGAUCAUCAACAUUCCUUUGUGGCCAAUUAUUUUGAAAAUCGUCUUGAAAGGGCAACUCACUUGUGUACGAUUCAGCCGCUGUGCAUCUAUUACCUAAAACAAUUCGUUGUGUUUGUUUUUCUUAGAAAUAAUCCGCUCUUAGUAAAUCAAUAAAAGUAUGUAAAAAACUUA